AUGUCGUCUGUGGUAUGUUACCGACAUCGAUGGAAAAGCAUAUACUGGUAUUACGUCAUCAAGUUGAAACUAAGAAAUAACAGAAAAGAAUACGUCCGUCUGUUUGACUUCGACGUGUACGUAUCCUACGCCGACCUUGACCUUGGCUUUGUCCGCAAUGACAUGAUACAGAUUCUUGAGCACCUCCGUGGAGCUCGCUUGUAUAUUCGGGAUCGAGACUCUCUUCCAGGUGCUCCCAUAUCAGAGAACAUCAUCGACGGGAUCAGAAGGAGCAGAAAAACGAUGCUUUUGUUGUCUCAGGCAUUCCUGAAGCAGAAGUGGUGUAGGUACGAGCUACAUAUGGCCAACAUGGAGGCUGUGUCCACUGGCCGAUCUGUCAUGGUCAUCAUCAUGCUUGAGGACAUUCCUAAGAACGACAUUCCGCUUGAGAUUCUGUAUGAUUUUCAAAGAAGUCGGUUUCUUGAAUACCCUAAAGCAAGUAGCGACUUGGAACUGUUUUGGGCGAAUGUAACUGCUGCUAUUGAAGGAUAG